AUGAUAAUCGUGUUUUCUAGUUCUGUGUUCAGGAUAACCAUUACCAAGCAAAUUCUGGCCUGCGGAGCUGCAGACCGAGGGCAACAUCUCAUCACCGCAGUGGCUGACAGUCUGUUUGGGUUGAAGACGACAUCAUGGGAGUUGGGGCGGCUGUGCUGUGUGAUAGAGCUGGACAGCCCCUCUGUGACCGCAGAGCAAGUCUCUGCCAUCGAGCAGAAUGUCAAUGGGAAAAUCAGGGCUCAGCUGCCGGUGACAGUCCAGGAGCUCAGCCUGGAUGAUCCUGAGGUGGAGAAGGUCAGAGGCCGAGGCCUGCCUGAUGACCACGCUGGGCCCAUCCGAGUUGUCACCAUCGACAGUGUCGACUCCAACAUGUGCUGUGGCACCCAGGUGAACAAUCUCAGUGACCUCCAGGUCAUUAAAAUCCUGGGCAUGGAGAAGGGGAAAAAGAACAAGACUAACCUGGUGUUCCUGGCUGGGAACCGUGUUCUGAAGUGGAUGGAGAGAAGCCAUGGAACCGAGAAAGCACUCAGUGGCCUACUUAAGUGUGGGCCAGAGGAGCAUGUAGAUGCGGUGCAAAAGCUACAAAACUCCACCAAGCUUCUACAGAAGAACAACCUGACUCUACUCCGUGACCUGGCCGUGCACACUGCCCGCAGUCUCAGGAACAGCCCUGACUGGGGCGGGGUAGUCAUGCUUCACAGGAAAGAGGGUGAUUCCGAGUUCAUGAAUAUCAUUGCCAACAAAAUUGGGUCAGAGGGGACCCUUCUGCUCCUGACUGUAGGAGAGGAGAAAGGUGCAGGCCUCUUCCUUCUGGCAGGGCCAGCAGAGGCUGUGGAGACCCUGGGAUCCAGGGUGGCUGAAAUCCUGGAAGGCAAAGGAGCAGGAAAGAAAGGCCGCUUUCAGGGCAAGGCCACCAGGAUGAGUCGGCUAGCGGAAGUGCUGGCACUUCUUCAGGACUAUGUCAACAGGCAGAGCUCUGAGGAGUAAGCGUCAAUGGGCCUCCGUCUUUUGGACAAUUAAAUAGUUUGGUGCAGGCCCAC